AUGAGCGGCCCUAUCAACAUCGGAUCAGACGGCGAGUGGCAGUCGCUGCUGUCGGGAACCACCGUCGUCGUCGCAGAUUUCUACGCCGAUUGGUGCGGUCCCUGCAAGAUGAUUGCGCCGCACUUUGAGCGCCUCUCCAAGGAGCACUCGCGCCCGAACAAGGUGGCCUUUGCCAAGGUCAACGUCGACAACCAAGCCAACAUCGCCCGCACCCAAGGCGUCACUGCCAUGCCCACGUUCAAGAUCUUCCACAACGGCACGGCCGUCGAGACCAUCCGCGGCGCGAACCCGUCGGCCCUGACCGAAGCCAUCACAAAGGCCGUCUCGCUCAGCGACGGUGGCAAAGUCGAGGACGUAUUCAAGACUCCCGGCAGGACACUCGGCGGCGAGGGUCCUAUCCCCGGCCAGGGCCGUCACUGGAGCGUGACGCUGUUGCUCAACAUCAUUAUGAUGUUUGUCGGGCUGUAUCUCACGUCUUUAUUUUCGAUUGAUUCGUACAAGGCGGCGGAACAGUCCAUGUUCAAUCCGAAGAGACAGCAGCCACCGUUGAAGCCGGCAUCGGCUGGAGGGCCGGCACCAGCAGGAAGCGCCCGGGCGCAACAACAAAAGGUUGCUCUUCAUGAGCCAACAGGUGUAUCAAGAAGCCAAUCCUUGGAGGAUAUUGAAAAGGUUGUUCGAGAAGCGAAACAGCGCUUUCGAGACACACUUCCGAAGGGCUAUCUCAACGAUGAGGAGUAUGCGCUCUACGAACGGCUUUAUGGCCCACCACUUCGUGAGACUGCUCCUGAAGAUGUUGGAAUUCCAACUCAUGCCGAUAUGGGCGGCCAGUCAUCACGAGUGAAUGAUGAAAGGACGUUGUUGCGGCAAUUGGAGGAAGGGGGCUUUGAGGAAGUCACCUACGAACUGCCUUACCAGCAGAGCGAUGUUGCGGAGGCAGCUUCAGAGUCUGAUCAACCGUUGGCAUCUGAUUCUGCACUAGACACUAUUGAAGAGUCACCAGGAUACGUCGAUGUUGUGGCGAGAAACCCAAGGGAGCAUGAUGCAUUGCAAAGAUUGAUGCAAGACUUCAAGGCCGCGCAACAAAAACAAAUUGAGGAUGAGAUUGCAGCAGCGAGGGAAGAAGCCGAAGCAGAGCAGGAAGCAUAUGAAAUGGACGAGGAGGAUGAACUAUUUGAGGAACCAGACCAGACUACGGAUAACCUGGAGAGGGACAUGAGCCUGGGCGAGACACGACGAUUCCAUCCUUUCACUUUGCAGGGCAGAUUCCAUGGAAGCCCAGUCGAAAUUGCACUACCUCAAAGCGCACUCGUUACACCUAUUCGGGACCUUUUGGAUCGAACUCAUUUGAGCCACGUCAAGACGGCCGCCGAAGCAGCCUUUGGCGGGCAAGGACUGCCGACUUCACCAUCAACACCGGAAGGAAGAAAAAACGGGCAGAUGGGUGGCGUUGGUUUGCCCCCUGAUCAGAGACACAUGACGGAAAUUGAGGCAGAUGCGUUCCUAGCUGGUUAUCUCCCCCCUGCUUAUGCCUCUGUCACCUCAGUCUUGCGAGAAGUGCGGAAGCGGCUAGGCAGUGACUGGAUUCAACAACGUCUCAAAAAGAAGGAAAACGCAGGGCUCAGUGUAUUGGAUGCCGGAGCUGGCGGUGCUGGCCUCGUUGCCUGGGAGCAAAUCCUCAAUACGGAGUGGGAUCUAUUAAGAGAAAAGGGCGAGGUAGCAGGUUCGCAGCCCCCAGGGAGGAAAACCGUCAUUACUGGAUCAGAUCGUCUGCGUCACAGACUGAAAAGCUUUCUCCACAACACAACCUUUUUGCCUCGAUUGCCAGAUUAUGAACACUCAGGAGAGAUGCAAGGUGAGCAUCUCGAUGCUGGCAGUAAGCCGCAGCCACGGAAAAGCUAUGAUCUCAUCAUCGCUUCUCAUCUCUUCCUUAAGGAGAAGCAGGAUCAUUACCGUCAAGCCAUCUUGAACAACCUCUGGACUCUACUCAAUAAAGAUGGCGGUGUGCUCAUCGUUAUUGAAAAGGCCCAUCCCCGAGGAUUUGAAGCUGUCGCCCAUGUCAGAGAUACGCUUCUGAAGCAGUUUCUCUUGCCUCAAAGCGGCGAGCCCAGUAUCCCGACAGAGGAACUGAACCCAGCAUUCCACAAGGAGCGAGAAGCUGGUCAUAUUAUUGCACCAUGCACCAACCACGGGACGUGCCCUAUGUACAAGGAAGCUGGCAAAAGCAAGGGUCGCAAGGAUUAUUGCUACUUCAACCAGCGAUUUACACGGCCCACCUUUUAUACCAAGAUGCUGGGCAACAGCUCAAACAACCAGGGCGAAGUAGAGUUUAGCUAUGUGGCGAUACAGCGUGGCCGCUCAAAGAAAGACCAGCUUCCAGGAUGGAAGGCCACUGAACUGGCAUUUGCCGGAUACGAAAACGCCCAGGAAAAUCCAGACAUGCAGACAUUGCCCAGAAUGGUCUUGCCGCCAUUAAAACGCAAAGGUCACGUCACUCUGGACGUCUGCACGCCUGAAGGCAAGAUUGAACGAUGGACGGUGCCCAAGAGCUUCAGCAAGCUCGCCUACCACGAUGCAAGAAAAUCGCACUGGGGCGAUCUCUGGGCCCUGGGUGCCAAGACGAAAGUUUCUCGAAGCGUGCGAGUGGGCAGCGGAGUAGAUGAUGGAGGCAAGCGAGCCGAAGGUGGCAAGAAGCCUCGCAAGGUCGAGAUUACAAUGGACGGAGGCCGUCUGUCGGCAAACGAGAAGAAUGCGCGCAAGGAACGCCGGACCAAGGGCAAGCGGGCUAAGCAAACCGACCUGAUUAAGGAGAUUUUGGAGAUGGAGGACCUGGAAGAGCAAGAGAUUGAGAAGGAGAUGGACUCAGAGGUGGAGGAAGAGCUGAGGUUGGAAGAGGAAGACAAGCGGAGGAAGAGGUGA